AUGGAUGCAACAAAUCUCAAGUUUGCCCCUUAUCCAUUUGAUGACGAACAAGCCGACCUCAUCCUACGCACAUCGGAUGGCGUUCACUUCCGCAUCCAUAAAAUCAUACUCUCGCUCACCUCACGCGUCUUCAAGGACAUGCUCUCUCUCCCGCCCGCGGAUGCCUCGACCGACGGAUCUGCGGACGAGAUGUUCAACGGACUGCACAUCGUACCAGUUGCAGAAAACGCAAGCGCACUUGAUCUUGCUCUACGGUUCCUAUACCCCCUACCAUCCCCCGCAGUCACACUCGCAAAUAUGGCGACUCUCCUUGAAUUCUCGAACAAAUAUGAAGUGCAAUUCCACGAUUUCCAGUUUGCGCAAUGUCUUCGCGAGGAGAUUCCCAAUGACGCCGUGGGGGUCUACAUUCUCGCUCACUCGUACAAUAUCGUCGACGUCGCGAGGCAAGCGGCUGCGGCGACUUGUCGGCUUCACCUGCGCUCCAUUGACUCGCCCCUCCUCUGCCACAUCACAGCGUCUCAGUACCGCAAACUCUUUCUAUGGCGCUAUGAUGCUGGCUUGGCACUCGAGAAGAUUACCGCCUCAAAUUCUUGGUACAUCAAAACACCGGGGUGUGUUUUCGCCUCCAAGUCCCCUUGUCAAACCUGCUAUACGUCGGUGAGCCUUGGGUGGUACAUGCACAAAAGCUUCUCGGAGUACUUGGUUCAUAUCCGCGAGGCAUUCGCGCAGGGAGCUGGGUCUGCCUGCAUACUGAACGAUGUGAACUCGUAUGCCAGGGCGAGCCAAUACUGUGGCACCACAGCUGCCCGAUGCAGCGCUGGAGCUUUACCUUCAACGGCAUUGCGACCGCUUGCGGAAGCUUUAGCCACUGCUGCCGCCCGGUUCUGCUCCGAGAUGAGCUCGCCACUCUGA